GGGGGCGCGGGCAGGGCGGGGGGUGUGUGCGCGCUCGGAGGUUUCGGGCCAGCCACCGCCGCGCGAGCUAGAAGCGCCCCAGCCCGGCAAGCUGGCUCACCCGCUGGCCACCCAGCACAGCCCGCUGGCCCCUCUCCUGCAGCCCAUCUGGCGGAGCGGCGGCGGCGGCGGCGGCGGCGGUAGGAGAAUGGCAUCAGAACUGGCAAUGAGCAACUCCGACCUGCCCACCAGUCCCCUGGCCAUGGAAUAUGUUAAUGACUUCGAUCUGAUGAAGUUUGAAGUGAAAAAGGAACCGGUGGAGACCGACCGCAUCAUCAGCCAGUGCGGCCGUCUCAUCGCCGGGGGCUCGCUGUCCUCCACCCCCAUGAGCACGCCGUGCAGCUCGGUGCCCCCUUCCCCCAGCUUCUCGGCGCCCAGCCCGGGCUCGGGCAGCGAGCAGAAGGCGCACCUGGAAGACUACUACUGGAUGACCGGCUACCCGCAGCAGCUGAACCCGGAGGCGCUGGGCUUCAGCCCCGAGGACGCGGUCGAGGCGCUCAUCAGCAACAGCCACCAGCUCCAGGGCGGCUUCGAUGGCUACGCGCGCGGGGCGCAGCAGCUGGCCUCGGCGGCCGGGGCCGGCGCCGGUGCCUCCCUGGGCGGCAGCGGCGAGGAGAUGGGCCCCGCCGCCGCCGUGGUGUCCGCCGUGAUCGCCGCGGCCGCCGCGCAGAGCGGCGCGGGCCCGCACUACCACCACCACCACCACCACCACGCCGCCGGCCACCACCACCACCCGACGGCCGGCGCGCCCGGCACCGCGGGCAACUUCGACGACCGCUUCUCCGACGAGCAGCUGGUGACCAUGUCGGUGCGCGAGCUGAACCGGCAGCUGCGCGGGGUCAGCAAGGAGGAGGUGAUCCGGCUGAAGCAGAAGAGGCGGACCCUGAAAAACCGUGGCUAUGCCCAGUCCUGCCGCUUCAAGAGGGUGCAGCAGAGACACGUCCUGGAGUCCGAGAAGAACCAGCUGCUGCAGCAGGUCGACCACCUCAAGCAGGAGAUCUCCAGGCUGGUGCGCGAGAGGGACGCGUACAAGGAGAAAUACGAGAAGUUGGUGAGCAGCGGCUUCCGAGAAAACGGCUCCAGCAGCGACAACCCGUCCUCUCCCGAGUUUUUCAUGUACCCAAGGGAAUCCUCUGCAUCAGUGAUGUGAAAAACCCUGUUGCCCGAAGUCAAAGAGAUGUUCCUGACAUUGGCUAAGACCCAUCCGGAUGCAACCAAGCCUUACAGAGCUGCCUUGGGGCAGGGCAGGUGGGAUGCAUACGUAGGGGAGAGGCCCAUGUGUAGCUUUCCUGUCACCUGUGGGAGAAGCUGAUGGAACUUGUAUAAAUAGUACUUCCUGGGUUCUAAGUACCCGUCAGUUUUUGUUUUUGUUUUUGUUUUCUUUCUCUCUCUCUCCAGUCUUAAAAUUAGCUGAGUGGACAUAUUUUAUCCUGACUGUACCCAUGCCAAUAUGAAUCCAAACAAAUGUAAGGAAGGCUUCAUUGUUUUAUGAAUUGGGAUAAAAACAAAAAACAAAACAACAGUAGAAGUAUUCAGAAAUCUUGUUUUUAUUUUGUAUAACUUGACCUCCCAUGUUGCCCAUAAUCAUCCGGAGAAAUAAAACUCGAGAAUGGUUUCCUGAUACCCUGUGUCAAUGUGGGUGCCUUAGCACGGCUAUUUAACUCAAACAUAAAAUUAAAUAUGUCAUAAUCGUGUUUCCCUUGCAGAGCCCAUCAAAAUAUUUUAACAGAAAUGGUGAAUCAGGUGAUGUCAUGCAAAGGACAUGUGAAAACACAGACUGUAAGUUCCGGAUUCUUGGUGCUUCUGUUGAGAGAGCCCAAGUGAGAACAGUGGCUGGUCUUGACUGUCUUCAUUUCAGGCCCCUCGGGGCUUCUAAAUACUCAGUUUUUAAAGUACCUCCUCCACCCCACACGGCAGCAAGGAACAGAAUGCUGUCCUGUAUGCAGAUCUGGAGCGGACCCAUCCAUCACAAGUUCCAUGAGUAUCUCUUAAGUGAAUUACAUCAACGUAUUUGUUGGCACCGAGAAAAAAAAAGGGGGGGGAAAUAAUUUCACUUAAAGUGUUUAUUACGCGGACUUACCUAAUUGCUUGUUGUUGCUUGCUUAUUUAGGUCAUGCUCCCACAAAACUGCCAUCCAUACCCCCUUUCCAUACAAGGUCUGCCCACUGUUUUUCUUUCGGUGGGCUCUGGCCAACUACUGAGCUGAUUUAAUCAAUUAAUUAUAGCAGAGCAGGUGCAGGGUAACUAGCCUGAUGAUGCCAUAUGAAGUCAUAUUUUCAGUGAGCCCCAGGAUACUAUUGAAGGGGCAACUUAAAGAAAUUAUGCAUUUAGGGGGGGAAAGGAAGAAAGAGUUUUGGUAAAAGUAAGGUGCUCAUUAUUUAACACAAAGUGAUGCUCCUGCAAAGAGCAUCCGUGCUAAAAGCACACAUUCAGUCACCUACCAGAAGGUCAGACUUACUGCUGCCGUUCACAGACGCCAAUGCCGAGACCCUCUUCACCUGCCCAUUGCUGAGUCUUCCAUUUCCUCCAACCAAAAAUCACUGUAAAGUUGUUCAGUGUCUGCAUUUUGGGGUUUUCCUGGCACCUAAUGAAAUUAUUGGCAAUAAAUGAGCUAAGCAGAA